AUAUCCACAAGCUAUUCUGCAAGCGUACCUGAACACAGUAUAAAAAAAAAUUAUUGAGUUGGUUAUUAUUGAAUAUAGAUUCAAGCUACGAUGAAGACUUUUAUACUUUCUGCUUUCUUUGCACUUAUUGUUGUUUGCAUCGACGAAACUUUGGCCCACACAUGCAACGAUGUUAUUUUACAGGAAGAUGUUGAUUAUAGUCGGCUCCGUGGAGAAUGGUGGCAAGCAUAUCAUACCCGUGACUCUCAUUACUCUCAAUUUGAGUGCUUUGAUAUGAGAAUAUUUGGUGUCAGCAAACUUCAUAAACUAUUCUACGUGCAAGAAACUAUUCAAGAGUCGAGACCGAAAAUGGGAACAAUUCAACAAAUAUUGUUCAGUACAAUGUGCUGGGAAAACUGCGUGUCAGAACGUGAAAUUCAUGUCAAUGGACAUAUCGCAACAGACUAUGACACAUAUAUGAUCAUCCAUACUUGUGUAAAAGGUCACCCAGUUAUUGAUGUUGAAGUCAGAAAAGAAAUGAAUCAACUACCACCGGAAAAGGUUCGGGAAGUCUCGCAACUUUUGGAAAAGAUUGGAGUCAAUUUUUUCUCUCUUCAAGAAAGAGACAGAAGCGUGUGCCCCACCCCAAAACGAUAAAUUGGACGUUUAUUUCCUUAGAGUCUAUAUGUUAUCUCUUUGUGCUGAAUCUUUACAAUUUAUCGGGGACAAUUUCCACUGUGACUCUAAAGAUAUGAUAUUACAUAUUUUCGUCGUUGUGUUUCACAUAUAUUAUUUUAUUGAACUAACGCUUAUUUAAACUGAUGAUGUUUUAUUUAAACUAUACUAUGCUACACAAUUGUCAUAUACCUCUUAAAAUAAUAAAUAUAUUUGAAAAAAACAAAUAA